UUAAGACUUCCGCCUCGAGGUCACCUCCGGGCCUCGGCUGCUCAGGGCCGCGAUGCCGGGGUUGGUGGAUGAGGAAGAGCCCGAGGUCCGGAGCCUGGCCCCAGCGCUCUACGAGGAGUACCGGCCGCCACCUCUGGAUGCCAUCCGCCUGCCCCAGGACGCUCUGUACCUGCUGCUGGCUGCGCUCCUGGUGGUGGCCGUGGCCUACGCCAUUGUUGGCCACCUCAUCAAGGACCUGGCUCAUGACCUGGCUGACUGGGCCUUCGGGCCGAAGCCAGACCAGGAGGCUGCCCCCCGGGAGCUGCGCCCGAGCCUGGCAGGUGAGGACCUGGAGGAACUGGAUCUGCAGCUGGCCCUGGCCUGGCGGGGCGAUGAGGACACAGGUGGGGGUGGCGAGGGGGUCCAAGUGGAGCCCCCCGCCCAGGCUCCCCGUCGCCCUUCUGUCGCCUUCAAGGAUCCACCCAUCCGAAGCAGCUUCUGGAGGCUGGACUGAGCUGGGCCCUCCCCGCAGGCCUGGCGCUAGACUCAGGCCCCUUUGGGGUUGGGCCGAUGGAACUUUUGCUAACUGAGCCCCUUUCUCCACCUACCUGCCCACAGGAUGGAGAAACGGUUUCCUUCCCUGCUUCUGCCUCCCCCACAUCCCCAGAACCUAACCCUGCUUGGCCUCACUCAGCCUUCGGCAAUCUAUAAACCAGGAACGCUAAUGAGAUUUUGAAAAAAAAAAAGUAAUAGUAGCUCACCCUUGUUGUUGUUAGCUGCCAUUGAGUGACUCGUGGUGACCUCGUGCACAAUGAAAUGAAACGCUUCCCGGCUGCGCAUGACUAGUUGGGGAGCAGACCAUUGGGAUCCAUGGAAGUCAAUUGCCAGGUCUUUCUUCCUAGUCAGUCUCAUUCUGAAAGCUCUCCUGAAACCUGUUCAGCGUCCUAGUAACACGCAAGCCUCCACUGACAGGCUGUGACUGUACGUGAGGGGCACUGGCUGGGAAUCAAAUUGGGGUCUCCCAGAGGGAAGGUGAGAAGUGUACCACUGAACCGACGCAGCCCUCAGCUGACCUUACCUAGCACUUACGUGUCUGCCAAUGUGCUGAGUAAGCCCUUUCCACGGCUCAUGUAACCCUCCAGGGUGGAUACAUCACCCCCAUUUCACAGAUGGGAAAACUGAGGCACAGAGCAGGGAAUUGACUUAGCCACAUUCCCACAGUAAGGAGCUUUUCACGUAAAAAAGCCAGUUUGAGCCAUAUACCUUGGAGUACAGAAGCUCUGAUGAAGGUCUUGCCCCCACUGUUCCCCGGGGCCCCCGACUUCCUCAUCUCCUUCACCCCCCCACCUCCCACCUCCUCCAUGCUCUGCUGCCCAACACCUGGAUCUUUUUCUCCCUGGGCAUCCUGACUUCCCAACUGGACAGAUCCCCCCAAGACAGUCCUGAGGCUCCCUCCUCUUCCAAGCCUGCCCAGGACAGGAAGCAUAGUCAACCAAACUCAUUGAUGUCCAGUCGAUUCUGAUGCACAACGAGAGAGUAGAACUGCCCAAAGCAGUUUCUAAGAAGCGCUUGAUGGAUUCAAACUGCUGACCUUUUGGUUAGCAGCCGUAGCUCUUAACCGCUAUGCCAUCAGGGUUCCUGGGAGCAUAAUACAAAACCACCAAACCCAGUGCCGUUGAGUAGAUUCCGACUCACAGUGACCCUAUAGGACAGAGUAGAACUGCCCCAUAGAGCUUCCAAGGAGCACUUGGUGGAUUCGAACUGCCAACCUUUUGAUUAGCAGCCAUAGCUCUUAUCCACUGCGCCACCAGGGUUUCCAGGAGCAUAAUAGACACUUAACAUAUGCUCACCUAGGUGGUGGAAGUGAGCAUGUGGCUGGUCCCAGGGCUGGGACGUCUGAAUUCUUUUAUCCUGACUCUGCUGAGUGGCCCAUCUGCACAAGACCAGGUAUAUAGUAACCACUCCUAUAAAAAUGGCUUGCAGGGAGGUCUCUGACCUUCUCCAACCCCACAAUGGGGAAGGAGAACUAAGAUCAACAGCCCAAGGCUGAUUCCUAUGAGGCAGGGGUCAGACAUGCCUUCUCUCUCCACCAUCUUGACCAAUUCUGACACCAACCAUCCCUCCCAUGGCAUUCUCUACUCGGUUCGAUAAUUCAUUCUAAUGGCCACACAGAACUCACAGACCAUACUCACAAUUGUGGGGUUUAUUAGGGAAGUUAUAGGUUACAACUCGGGCUCAGAAACACUCAGGAUACAGUUCUUCCAUUAGGACAGACUCUCCCCAGCUGUGCUCACAGGCACGCCUCUCCCUGGCCCUCAGUCUCUGCCCAAAGGCACUCAGCUUUCUCUCUCCAUGGGCCGGGAAGCCCACCGUGCAGUCUCCUGCUGCUGGGUCUCUGCUGCUGGUCUCUCCUUCCUUAGUGGUGGUGGGCUCCUCUCUGCUCUGGACUUGGCUCUCUUUUAAGGCAAAACUGACCAAUCCCCUUGGGAGGCCAUAAUUACCCUAUCACACAAUCACCUGGGUGGGAACUACAAGAACAUGGCUAGAAAGGCCACACAUAAAAGUAAUUAAUUCACCAAACCUCCAUAAAUGCACGUGGAGAGGUGGCUGGAAUUCCACCCACCUCCAAAGGGCUGAUAGAAGUCUCACAGGAGGAGGAUAGGCCCCCGCUGGGCCUUCCUGCCAUGCACCAGGGCUGUGGCCGAUCUUGUGGCAUUGGGGUGGGGUUCCCCUUUGCCCAGGCAGGGCCCACUAUCUAAUUGACCUGGUGGCCAAGGUUGACGGCAGGGAUUGGGGGGGGAGAGGCAGGAGAGGUGGGAGCAGGAGUUACUGGCUGCCCAGGAUGCCCCAGUUCUCUGAACACACUGGAGUGUCUGGGUUUGGAGGUGGACAGUGGGCACGCGGCCCCUUUGCUCAUGUGGGGCCUAGGGGUUGGGGAGCCAGGAUGGGACAGUGUGAGCUGGCAGUGAGGGAGAUGCCUGGCCCGGGUUCAAAUCCUGCUCUGACAUUGCUGUAUGACCUUGGCUGACUUGAUCCCAUGUGUGUCAGAGUAGAACUGUGCUCCACUGGCUGAUUUUCAGAAGUCGAUUGCCAGGCCUUUCUUCCUAGUCCACCUUAGUCUGGAAGCUCCGCUGAAACCUGUUCAGCAUCCCAGCAACAUGCAGGCCUCUGCAGAUGGGUGAUGGCUACUCACAGGGUGCACUGGGUGGGAGUCGAACCCUGGUCUUUCCAAUAGAAGGCAAGAAUCCUACCACUGAGCCACCACUGCCCCCACCCCACACGUAACCGAUAACCAGUUGCUGUGUGUCAGGGUGGAACCGUGCUCCACAGGGUUUUCAGUGGGUGAUUUUUCAGAAGGACAUGACCGGGACUUUCUUCCGAAGCAUCUCUUGGUGGACUCGAACCUCCAACCUUUCAGUUAUCAGCUGAGCAUGCCACUAACCCAUCACCCAACGACUCCUUGUGUGGUGUUAAAAAAAAAAAAAGAAGCCAAACCUGUUGUCGUAGGGCUGACUCAUAGCAACCCUCAGGGACGGAGUAGAACUGCUCCAUAAGGUUUCCAAGGUUUUAAUCUUUACGGAAGAC